CCGGCGGAUGAUGAGCGAGAGCAGGGCGGCGACGAAGUGCGUCGGUUUAUUCGCUCAGAUGAGAUGCGAGAUGUGGCCACGUGUACUUCUGAGCUCCACAAGAAUUGGUGGUUUUUGUGCAACUGCUUGGAAUUACAGAAGACUCUUCGCUAUGCAGCUGAAAACAAAGGAGUUUGAGUCUCUCUUCACAGAUGGACUGAAUGGAAUAGCAGAGCUCUUUGCAAAGCACCGCUUUGAGCUGAGGAUCGCGGGGGGCGCGGUGCGGGACCUCCUGUCUGGGAAGCGGCCGGAAGACGUGGACUUCGCCACCACCGCUACGCCUGAUGAGAUGAAGAGCAUGUUUCAGGCGGCGGGGGUCAGGAUGAUCAGCAACAAAGGGGAGAAGCAUGGGACCAUCACAGCCCGGCUCCACAACGAGAACUUUGAGGUGACCACGCUACGCGUGGACUUGGAAACGGAUGGACGCCACGCCGAAGUGGAGUUUACCACAGACUGGCAGAAGGACGCGGAGCGGAGAGACCUCACCAUCAACUCCAUGUUUCUCGGUUUAGACGGGACUUUGUACGAUUACUUUAACGGUUAUGAGGACCUCCAGAACCGCAGGGUCCGGUUUGUUGGCAGUGCCGCUAAGAGGAUCCAGGAGGACUACUUGCGCAUCUUGCGAUACUUUAGGUUCUACGGCCGGGUGGCUGCGCAGCCUGGGGACCAUGACCCAGACACUCUCCUGGCCAUUGGGGAGCAUGCCAGUGGUCUGGCGGCCAUCUCCGGGGAACGGAUCUGGGUUGAGCUGAAGAAGAUGUUGGUGGGCAACCAUGCUGACCAUUUGCUGGAGCUUAUUUAUGAGCUGGGCUUGGCCCGGUAUGUGGGACUGCCGCUGGACGGCAACGUGGAAGAGGCGAAGCGCGUGUGGCAACAGGCACACGGAUGGUCCCCAAAGCCCAUGACCGUCCUGUCCGGGGUCUUCAGGUGCUCGGAUGAUGUAGAAAGGCUCGACUUAAGGCUGAAGAUUUCUAAGGAGGAGAAGAACUUGGGGCUGUUCCUAGUAAAGUACAGGCGAGAUCUGGUCAAGGCACCAGAUGCGUCGGAUGUCCUCAGGCCCUACAAAGACUUCAUCAUUGAUUCGCGCGAGGUAGAUGCGCAACUCAAAGUCUGCGAGCUGUUGAAGUACCAGGGUGAGGAGCACCUGCUGGAAGUGAUGAAGAUUUGGAGCGUCCCCCGCUUCCCUGUGAGCGGGCACGACCUGCGCAAGAUGGGCAUCAACUCGGGCAAAGAGAUCGGCUCCCAGCUCCAGCGCCUCAGGGAGGUGUGGAAGAAGAGUCGAUACCAAAUGGAUAAAGAGGAGCUCCUGAGUCGUGUCAUCAGGUUAUGACAUCUUGCCUGGUGUGACACGGAUGCGGCCAAGUCCCCUGCUCCACUUAGGAGCGCUUGGAGCGUGUCACUGUGCCCUAGUGCGGGCACCUCGGUCUCUUCGCCUGCUCCGGGGACCACGUUUCUCCCAUUUGCAGCGGUGGCUGUUGCGCAGUGAUCCGUCAGUCAUGUAUUAGACUCUCUCGACUUUUCUGUGAAAGACUAGUGCAGAUUCACUUACAUCCUCAGCUGUGAUUCCAGAGCUUUGUCAUUUGACUACCUGUAGAAUUGUGACAGGUGUCAUCUUCAUGUAUGAUGGCUUUGAAAACAAUAUGUGCAUCACAUCUGAAAACGAUGCUUGUUUUAUAUGUGAUUUUUCUUUUCUUUCAACAUGCAAACUUGCUGGUGUGUUGGACAGCUGUAUCAUUAACAACAGUAUGAUGUAAAGCAUGGCUUUAUAUUAGCUAUUGUUUUCCUUAAGAAUUAUAUAUUUAAGAUUACAGUAUAGUGGGGAAUGAAUAUGUAUUGAUUUAGUGGACAACACGAUGGGCUCAGGUAUUGUUUCUUUUCUAGUGUGGAAAGACAUACUGAUUCGACCGUGUGUGUGACUCUUUGGUGAUGCACAAGACCGGUGUGCCUAGAGCAGUGCUUCCCAGGCCUGACUGUGACUCUCUGGGACUCUAAUAAGUACAUGUCUAUUUUUUUAAAAAAAAAAAAAAAAGAAUCUCGUAGUAAGAGAAGUGUGUUUGCACACUUUGAAAGAAUAUUGAAUUACAGUGCCUUGCAAAUGUAUUCAGGCCCCUGGAAAAUUAGCACAAUUUUCUGGAUUGCAAAGACACAUACAGAUGUUUUGCCAAUAACUGUUGUUACUGAGAUCUAUUUCACGCUAACAGUCUUUCAAGAGCCAAAAUGCGUUAUGUGCUCAGAUACUGAAAUGUGCUUCUUGCAUAAGUAUUCAAACCCCUGUACUCCACAGAGUUCAGUGGA